AUGGCAGUCGACCAAAAUACAAAUAAAUGCUAAAAAUGUAUUUAAUACUGUUAAAAUUGUGAUAAAAAUCUUUAGUCAUGUAAUAAGUGCUAGAAUGGCUACUUCUUCUUAAAUAAUUAAUGUAUACCUUAGUGUCCUGAUAGCUAUUAUGGUGAUAUAUAAAAUGCAGUUUGCGUACCAUGCACACAAUCUUAUUGCAAAAUUUGUAAUAACUCUAAAAAUCUAUGUACUUAAUGCAAAGAUAAUUACUUUUUUGAUUAAAAUACAUAAUAAUGUGUAAAUAAGUGUUUAAAUACUUAGUAUGCCAUUCAAGGAUUUUGCAAAGAUUGCUCUUCAUUAUUCUAUUAAUGCGAUUCUUGUGACUAGAAUUAAUGCAAUCAGUGCAGUGGUAAUUUUGUACUUAGUGUUGAUUAAAAAUAAUGUCUACUUAAUUGUCCAAUUGGGACUGUAUAAAUAGAUUAGCAGUGUAAAAAAUGUUACGAUAAUUGUGCUUCUUGUGACUAAAAAUUUAUAUGUUUAAAAUGUAACCCUGGAUAUUAUAUCAAAGAAUCAGAAUAGAUUUGCCAGCCCUGUAGUAAUAGUAAUUGCCUAACAUGUGAUCCAGGAUAACCUAGUAAAUGCAAAACUUGUCCUGACUUUGGUAAAAAUUUGCUUUAAAACGAUGAUUGUGUAACCUAAUGUACUGAUGGAUUCUUCGAUAGUAUUAAUAAUGAAUGUAAACCCUGCCUAGAUAAAUGUUCUUUAUAUCAAACUCAAAGCAAGUGUAUUAAUGCACCGUGCCCUACUGGCUAAUACUAAGGUAAAAAUUUUUAUGGAGGUGAUGCUUGUCUACAGUGCUCCAAAUUAUUUGAUAACUGUAUUGAAUGUACUUCAGAUAAAUGCUCAAAAUGCAAUCCUUAAAAAAAACUAAAUACUUCCAAUAAUACUUGUAAUGAUUCUUGUCCUGAUAACUAUUACCCAAAAGAAAAUAUUUGUCAAUAGUGUCCAAAUUAAUAUUGCAAAACAUGUACUCCCUCUACUUGUGAUUCCUGUUUUUUAAAUAGUUAAUAACCUUAUCUUAAUGAAAAUGGUAACUGUGUCAGUAAGUGUGAAAAUAAUGAGUAUUUAGAUGAAAAUGGUUUAAAAUGUUUAGCAUGUUCAUCAAAAUAUGGCUUAUCUUGCUUGAUGUGUAACACUUAAGCAUGUAUUAAAUGUGAUAAAUAAUAAUUUAUAAGUGAGCUAUAAUAAAAUUCGUGUGUACCUACUUGCCCAUCAGGUUAAUAUGGAAAUACAUCAACAAACUUAUGCUAAAAUUGCGAAAAUACAAGAUGCAAUACUUGUGAUUAGUAAAACCCUAGAUAAUGCCUUUCAUGCAAAACAGAAUAUCCUUAUUUUAAUGAUCAUUAAUGCUUAUCUUAAUGCCAAGAAGGUUAUUUCUCUGAUGAAUUAAAUUAAUGCUAAAGUUGUAUUGUGUUAGUAUUUGUCUAGAUAAUUAUUAUCCCUUCUAAUAAGAUAUAAAAAUUUGCAAAAAAUGCUAAGAUUCUAAUUGCAAACAAUGAUUGCGUAGAAAAUUGUGAUUUUUAUGUAAAUAUAGCUACAAAUGAGUGCUUUGACUCUUGUCCAAAUUAUUUGCUUUAAAUAGAAAACCCAAAGCAAUGUUAAGAGUGUCCAUAAUUUAUAUAAAGCAGAACAUGCGUUCUGUAAUGUAGUUCAAAUACUUAUAUUGAUUAAACCCACAAGAAGUUAUGUGUGGUGUGCUAAGAUUAAUAUGAUAAUAACUGUAUCUUAUGUAAUUCUUCCAAAUGCUUAAAAUGUUCUCCAGAUUUUUAUCUAUAUCAGAACAAAUGUUACAGCUAAUGUCCUGAAAAUACAUACUUCGAUAUAGAAAACUAUAUUUGUUUAGAUAAUUGUAAUGAUCCUUUAGUUUUAAUUAGGCAUAAAUAGUGUAGUAUGAUUUGCCCUUCUGGAUAUUAUAAAGAACCAAUUAAUUCACAAAAUCAAAUAAUCUGUAGUUUAUGUGACUAAAAAUGCAAAGAAUGUAUCAAAAAAAGCUCAUUUUGCACUGUAUGUUCCUAAGGGAGUGGAUGGGAUUGUUUAGAUAAAGAGGAUUUUGAUACAUUUUUAAAGAAUCAGUAUUGCGAAUAUUUCAAGGAAGAAAGCUAAAUUGAAAAAUGUAGCAAAACGCUAACAUAAAGUAGAGCUUAAACUUAUAUUAUAGAUAUUACUUCUUAUAUUAGCAAUGGAAUAUGUCUCACUUUAAUAUUAGGAAAUCACACAUUUAUAGGUGUUUUUAGCAUUUAUUACAUCUAAAUAUUUUAAUUGAUUGGUAACUAUGUUUUAAUAGAAACAUAAGAGUUCAAAAUUGUCAAUGAAGUCUUAACAAAAUAUUUUUUAGCAUUUAAUACAUUCAAUCUAAUACCUUAUCCUUUUGAAAGAGAAAAUUAUUCAGAUUUGUUGACAUUCUUUAAUUAUAAGACUUUAAUUUUGGAUAUCCAUAAUUUAUCCAAGUUUAUAUUUACAGAAUUGAGGUAACUUUGGUUUAGAGUAAUUUGUAGAAAUUUUUUUUAGUUGAAAGUCUUGAAGCUCAUUUGUCUAGAAGAAUAUAUUGGGUUCUUUUUGAGUUGA